AUGCUCAAUUCACUGAGCGAAAAACUAGUCUCUUAUGUGUCACCGUCCUCUAAUGGUGGACGUGCUGACAUCGACAGCGUUGUAGAAGAAGUGCAAUCAAGUGUUGACUAUGAUAAUGGCGGAAAACAUAAGAGAUGUGAACCAAUAGAUGUUGAUGCAUCUUCACCUUGUGUAAAAAGGAGGAGGAUUGAAGAAGGUUUUGUUCAGAAGGUGACAAAUUCUGUUGCCAAGAUGGCUGAAUGGUUAGUGCAUGGUACAAACUACCUCUUUGGCCGCCUCGACGAGCCACACUUGAAUUUGAAAGAAAUUGUGGAAGAAGAUGAAGAAAAUGGUCAACGUCUUGAUGAAAUGGUUGAUGAGCUGGAAGAUGCUGAAGAUGAUUACAGGUUUUUGAAUCUGCCAAACAGCAAACUAUCCUCGACCCACAAGAGCCAACAUCAAGAAAAUGAAUAUCUUCACAGACCAUCCAUACAUGAUCGAUCAAGAUUGUUUGAUCAAGAAAACAAACAAAUUAAUGGAAAUGCGACUGCCAUCCACUUUCUUUAUUCUUCAAAGUCUCAGAAUGUACCAAAGUCACAACUAUCAAUCCACAAUGGUGGUGGGUCCAAAUAUAUGCUUAGUCCAAGGGUCCGUGUAAACUGCUCCAAUAUGAAAACUGUUGGCUUGUCUGGCAACAAAUUGUACAGUAUACCCUGUCAACCCAAAGUCCGCAAUGAUGUAUGUAAUGUGGUGCAGAAGCCUCACAUGCACACAGCUGCCCAGUGCGUACGAUUAGAAGAGAAAGAAAGAUAUCGUAGACUUAUUCAGCAGUUCAGUCGGGGUAACCUUACUAAGCAACUUGCUGUCAAAAGUGAAGAAAAAGACUUUACUUCAGUUACGUCGAAGACUUCCAGGAGUUCACCAAUUGGAGAUGAGGAUGCCCAAAGUGAAGAACUGAAGAUGCCUCGACCCACAAUGAAAGUAAGGGAUCUUCUCAUGGCUAAAUCUAUCACCCCCCCCACUUUGUGUUUUUUUUGUCUUUACCCUGCCUGUCCUCUAUCUGUCAUUUUUUUUUUUAACUUCUCACUUCCCUCUCUCUCAUAUUUUCUCCCCCCCUCCGUGUCCUCUUUGCCCCCCCACUAUUUUGCCUCACCUGUACCCACUCCUUUGUUUUCUUCUCCCCACCCCGUGUCACUCUUUUGUCUCCCCACCCCCGUGUCACUCUUUUGUCUCCCCCCCCCCCGUGUCACUCUUUUGUCUCCCCCACCCCGUGUCACUCUUUUUCUCCCCCCCCGUGUCACUCUUUUGUCUCCCCCCGUGUCCUCUUUUGUCUCCCCCCGUGUCACUCUUUUUGUCUCCCCCCCCCGUGUCACUCUUUGUCUCCCCCCAUGUCCUCUUUUGUCUCCCCCCCCCCCGUGUCACUCUUUUGUCUCCCCCCACCCCCGUGUCCUCUUUUGUCUCCCCACCCCGUGUCACUCUUUUGUCUCCCCCACCCCCGUGUCACUCUUUUGUCUCCCCACCCCGUGUCACUCUUUUGUCUCCCCCACCCCCGUGUCACUCUUUUUUCUCCCCCCCACCCCCGUGUCACUCUUUUGUCUCCCCCCCCCCGUGUCACUCUUUUGUCUGAUUAUUAUGCCACCAAUGACCUUUACUUUUUUUCUUUUAGGUCAGUCAGAAACUGAAAAGUCUUCAGAAAACACAAACUCUAAAUCCAGCCCAAAACCCUGUGUCCGACUUAAGAACAAUCCUUACUUGGCUGAAGACUGGGUUACACAAUUUGUCAAAAAAUAUUCGGCUUCAACACGAGAACAAAAAAGGAAAAUAGAAGAAGAACAAUUGAAAAUCAAAAUCUUUGAAGAAAAGAGAAAAUCUCAAGAAGAAAAGCUGAACGAAGAAAUUCAGCUGCGAUUGCAGUUGUCGGAAAAAGAACCUCCAAUUCUUGAAGAGAAAGAAAUUGAAAGUGAAGAACCUCCUUUGUUACCAGAAAUUACAUCUGAAAUGAAAUCUGAAAUUGAAUCUGCUUUAAAACCUCGUCCGUCAGAUGAAGUACUUGUUGAAGGUUUUCGUAUCCAAAUAAAGCGACAAGACAUGAGCACACUGUCAGGAUUGAAUUGGUUAAAUGACGAGGUGAUCAAUUUUUACCUGAGUAUGUUGAUGAAAAGAAGCAGCAAAGGCAAACGACCAAAAGUACAUUCAUUCAACACCUUCUUUUACCCCAAACUUCAGAGUUCUGGUUAUGAUGGGGUGCGCCGUUGGACACGUAAAGUAGACAUCUUUGCAGUCAAAUACCUGCUUAUCCCCGUGCAUUUGGGGAUGCACUGGUGUCUGGCUGUUGUGAAUUUUACUGACAAAACCAUUUGUUAUUACGAUUCAAUGGGUGGGAAAAAUCUGCAGUGCCUCGAUACGAUCAAAAAAUAUUUAUGUGAGGAAAGUUUAGACAAAAGGAAAAUGCCGUUUAAUUUGGCUGGUUGGACUACAAAACUUGCUCGGGACAUUCCUCAUCAAAUGAAUGGAAGUGACUGCGGAAUGUUUGCGUGUAAAUAUGCUGACUACAUUACACGGGAAAUUCCCAUCUCCUUCACUCAGGCGGACAUGCCCCAAUUUCGGCAACUAAUGGUCUAUGAAAUUCUGAAAAAGAAGCUACUCAGCCCUUUUUUUUUUCUUCUCCCUCCUCCUUGUGACAACUCCUUCAAGAUUGAAUCGUUCCUCCUCCUCCAGCCCCAAAUGCCUUUCCCAAUUUUUCCUUUUGCAAUUUGGGGACCUUUUCUCUCCUGCAGACGAGCGAGACAAUAUUCCCUUGUCUUUUCUCCUUUUUCUUACUCCACUUGA